CUGGAGACCAUAUCUUCCGAGAGAUAACCAUGAAUUAGAGCCAAUCGUUUUUUCAUGUAGAAUCUGUACCUGCCAGGUACCAUCUCGAUUGCAGUGCAGACAGUGGAGUCCAGCCGUACCCACUCGGUACCUCGUCAACACUUUUUCCCCACAGGCCCAGCCUCUUCGUUUCUGCGCGCCCCCUAUCCAUCGCUCAUCUUUCUCCGUCAUCCGUUCUUUGUUCUUGCUCUUUUCUUUUCUUCAUAUCCUUUUACUCUGUACAUCUUACAAUCAACCAUCCAAUUCAUGUGAAUUUUGCCGCGGUCGCUCACAGACACCGCACGCACUGCCACUGACGUCCAUCCGCGCUGAUCGUUUCUCCCCCGCCUUGAUUCCAUUCAAACCUUCCAGAAACAUUCCGCGAUCAGCACUGCAGUAUUAAAGCCACAGCUUGAUCAUUAUUUCAUCAUUGAGAGAUUUUGACUGUGCGACUCCUUAUUAUUCAACUCGGUCGCGUGUGGAUCUUGUGCUUGUAUCGGCAUCAUAUUUCUCAAUCUGAACGCUUCAACGGUGACAAAGUGCCCUGAGUCAAGUGUUUCAGCUUAGUCGCCGAGUCUCGUCUUCGGACGACUUCGUCCUCCCAACAAACCCUCCCUCCUGCUCUUCCUCUCAUCUCUCCCACUGCUGGCCAGUGUGGUUCAUGCGACAAGGUUUCCUCCAAGUCCCACCACCUCCUCUUGACCAUACCCAUCAUGGAACCCCACGAUAGCUUAUACCAUGCCUCCACCCUUUUGGCUCGCGCCGACUCCUCAGGCCGCCCAGCCUCCUACAAAGCCGUCGGUAUCUCGCUAGCCGUCGCCUCGGGCGUCUUCAUCGGCAUCUCUUUCGUGAUCAAGAAGGUCGGCCUGCUCAAGGCGAACGUCAAAUACAACGAAGAGGCCGGUGAAGGCUACGGAUACCUCAAGAAUGCGUGGUGGUGGCUAGGCAUGACCCUCAUGAUCGUGGGCGAGAUUUGCAACUUUGUCGCAUACGCUUUCGUCGACGCUAUCCUAGUCACCCCGUUCGGCGCGCUCGCCGUCGUUAUCACCACGAUCCUUUCUGCGAUUUUCCUGAAAGAACGACUUAGUUUUGUUGGCAAGGUUGGCUGUUUCUCUUGUAUCAUCGGUUCUGUCGUGAUCGCGAUGAAUGCGCCAGAGCAGUCCGCCGUCAACGAUAUCCAGGGUAUGCAAAAGUUCGUGAUCGCGCCCGGUUUUCUGUCGUAUGCUGGUGUGAUUCUGAUCGGGGCGGCGAUUACGGCGAUUUGGGUGGCUCCCCGGUACGGCAAGAAGAGCAUGUUCGUUUAUAUUAGCAUUUGCAGUAUGGUUGGUGGAUUGAGUGUUGUUGCGACGCAGGGUCUGGGCUCGGCCAUUCUCGCACAGAUCAAUGGCGAGUCGCAGUUUAAGCAUUGGUUCCUUUAUGUGCUGUUCGUCUUUGUGGUUUGCACGCUACUGACGGAGAUUAUAUACCUCAACAAAGCGUUGAACCUUUUCAAUGCCGCCCUCGUCACCCCAACCUACUACGUCAUGUUCACUAGUGCGACUAUCAUCACUUCGGCCAUCUUGUUCCAGGGAUUCCAGGGAACUGGAAUCCAGAUCGCAACGGUGAUCAUGGGCUUCAUGCAAAUCUGCGUCGGCGUGGUCCUGCUCCAGCUAUCCAAAUCUGCCAAGGAUGUUCCCGAUGCUGCCGUGUUCAAGGGUGACCUGGAUCAGAUUCGUGAGGUGGCUGCUCAGGAGGAGCCUGAAUAUGAGCCCAAGGCCGACUCCAUCCGCGGUGCGGCAUCUAUUCUUCGUCGUAUCUCGACCACUCGCCGCGAACACGAACAGGAUGAAGCCCGGCGCUUCGUCAACGAGAAACAAGAAGAUUUCCUGAAGCCACCUGCCGAGAACGAAAUCAUUGAAUGGGAUGGUAUUCGUCGACGCAAGACCGUCAUUGGAGAUGGACCUACCAUGUCUCGUCCACGAACGCCUCGCUCACCCUCGGUCAAACAGUCGCUACCCCCACUGGGCAUGUCUCGAUUCCCCGAUCCAGAAGAUGAUGAUGAAAACCGGCCCAGCACCAAGCAGAGUGGACCCUCGUUCCUCGGCGAGAUCCGAUCUCGCACAUCAAGCAUUCUACAGCACGGUCAAUGGUUACCCGUCCACAAGGGAGACGAGAAGACCCUCAGUGCCAACACUGAUACGGAAAUGACGAAUCGGAAGAGCGCCGUCGACACCGAAUACCAUGGUGCUGGAGGCCUCGAACCUCCCUUCUACCCAGGAGGUCGCGAGCGCAGCGACACCCCCCGUUCCAUCCAUUGGGCUGACGAAAAGGCCGAUGACAACCGACCCCAGACUCACCACGCUCUCGAACCGCCAUAUGUCGCACGUCGCCAAUUCUCCUUUAACAGCAUGUUCAGCCGAAACAAAUCGCAAAGCAACCCGCCAUCCCCUAAACGCACCGCCAGCCCACCACGCGGUAUUUUGCGCCGCAACCACGGCAUCGACGGGGAUAUGCGCAAGUCCGCCACCGAAGAAGAGCGACUCGGUCUUGUCCGAGGCGACUCGCGCACUGCCGAAGAAAAUCUGGGCGAGAAACUCGAACGCUGGUCCAGCGCCGAAUCUGACGCUGCCGAGAUUCAGCCCAUGCACCGACACCCGCGGCCCUCUGGUCGCGCCCACGGCGAUUCAGUCUCUAGCAUGUCGACAUCCGCAUUCCCGCCUUAUGAAGACCACCACGCUUUCUACGCGCAGUCGGGCAAUGUAUCGAACCCGUACUACCUCCCUCACGAUAAACAAGCGACUGCCUCGCCGAAAGAAAUGGACGAGCAGGAAGGAUGGAGUGCCCCACGCUCACGCACGAGAACCAAUUCCUCAUCACACCCACGGGCCCCUCCUCCCGCGCAGUCCUCGUUCUCGACUCAUCGUCAUCCAAACCCGCUCCCACCACUGCCUGAUAACGCACCCCUUACACUAGACGGGGGUGUGCGAUCUGUCUCAUCCGAUUCCUCUGAUAUGGGCGUUGCGUCGAUUUCCUCGACCGAGGCUCGCGAUGACGAUAACAUACCUGCGGCUGCGGCUGCGCCUGAAGUCACUAGACAGCACAGUGGUUGGCGCCGACACAUGUCUGAGACUAGCAGUGCGGAUGGUGAGAGCUAUGAACCGAGGAGUCCUCCUCGUGGAGGUUCAAAGGGAGCGUUUCUUUAAGUCUUAACGUCUGAUGAAAUCUGGCUGAUGAUGACUUUCAUUUUCUUGCACAUAUGUUGCUAUUUACCAUUGACAUGAGAUAUAUCUCUGGUCGUUGGACGGAAUGAGGUUGGCGGUUUACAUUUGAUGACGUUUAUUUCUUUGAUUGCAUUUACAGCGGUGUUUAUUCUGAUUCUGAUUUGGAAUUCUCUGGGAACAUGGGAGUGGAUCUGUGUUGGGUGAUAUGUUUGCAUGUCGAUGUUGGUAUUCGGUGUACAUCUUUGGAUAAUGUUGUACACUGCUUGGACCUGGAUUUGGACUGUUGUACAUAUAUGGACGUGGGAUCACGUCGAUGAUAAACGAUCUAAUGCAUUAUGAUUGAGGGAUGAAA